GUAACCAUUUUUGGGUAGUAAAAAGAGAGCUAGCAGAGAAGAGUGCAGAGCAAGCUUAGAAGAGCGAAGGGUGUGAUGUGGUUGAACAUUCACUCCCAAUCACAUGGCUUCUUCUUUUCCUCCUUCUUCCUCUUUUCUCACACACCUUCCUCUUCAUCCUUCUUCUUCCCCUCACCAAGGUGAGAAGAGUCUAGUGGAAGAUGAAUCGCCUGUUCCGAUUCACAUCGUGACGCUGGCCUCGCAACUUCCCGUCGAGUUCCUUGAACCCUCGCCUCAAUCGGAGCUCGUCAUUGGCUUUGAUUUCGAGGGUGUUGACUUGUGUCGUAAAGGCACUCUCUGCAUAAUGCAGCUUGCAUUUCCUGAUGCUGUGUACUUGGUUGAUGCGAUUGAAGGGGGAGAAGAGCUUAUCAAAGCGUGUAAGCCUGCACUUGAAUCUAGUUACAUCACAAAAGUGAUUCAUGAUUGCAAACGGGACAGUGAGGCACUCUUCUUUCAGUUUGACAUCAAGUUGAACAAUGUGGUGGAUACUCAGAUUGCUUACUCACUAAUAGAGGAUCAAGAAGGACGAAAGAGAUUGCGAGAUGACUACAUUUCAUUUGUUGGCCUCCUUGCCGAUCCACGUUAUUGUGGCAUAUCAUAUGUUGAGAAGGAAGAAGUUCGUGACCUCCUUCGACAGGACCCUAAGUUCUGGACACACCGACCAUUAUCUGAGCUAAUGGUCCGUGCUGCUGCUGAUGAUGUUCGUUUUCUUCUCUACAUUUAUCACCAAAUGAUGGAGAAAUUAAAUGAGCGAUCUUUAUGGUAUCUUGCAGUUCGUGGUGCAUUGUAUUGCCGUUGUUUCUGUGUGAACAGUAACAAUUUUGCUGAUUGGCCAUCUCUACCUUCGAUACCAGAUAGCUUGAAUGCUGAUGGUAAUGGUCCCGAGGAGGAAAUUCUUUCAGUUCUUGAUGUUCCCCCUGGAAAGAUGGGACGUGUUAUUGGGAAAAGAGGGGCGACAAUUUUAUUAAUCAAGGCUUCUUGCAAUGCGGAAAUUCACACCGGAGGUCCCAAGGGCCCACCUGACAAGGUCUUUAUCAUCGGACCAGUGAAGGAAGUGAGGAAAGCUGAGGCUAUGUUACGGGGUAGAAUCUUGGAUAUGUAGUAAGGAAAUGCCCUGUGCCUUACUUCUCUUUCAACUAAACUUUUGCAAUAAAUCUUUUCUCUUAUCCAAUGGUUCCUGCCUUAUUGCCUCUGAUAGUUGGACUUGAGUUGUGUGGGCAGAGAUGUGACAUUUCUAAUACUUGAGCUUCCUUUUCCCAUCCUGUAUCUACUGGAAAAGUGAAAAAAAAAAUUAACAAAAGUUAAAAAUGAAUGAAAUAUU